AUGGCAAAAGAAGAUUGGAACAAAUUGGGUUUUUCUAAAGAUAAAUAAUGGUCAAAUUGUUAAUUGGGGUCACAGGCAGCGUCGCCACUAUCAAAUUACCUAUUUUAGUUAAUUCCUUUUUACAAAAUGAUAACUUUCAAGUCAGGGUUGUUGUUACAAAACAUGCUAAGCAUUUUUAUGAAGAAAAAGAUCUCCCCAGCAAUGUUCCAAUUUAUACAGAUGAAGAUGAGUGGAAUUCCUGGUCUGGAAGAGGAGAUCCAGUGCUUCAUAUUGAACUAGUCAAGUGGGCAGAUGUUUUUUUAAUUGCUCCUCUAGAUGCCAACUCAAUGGCAAAAAUUGCUAAUGGAUUAUGUGACAAUUUGUUGACCUGUGUAGUUAGAGCAUGGGAAAGAACAAAACCUUUGAUUUUUUGCCCAGCUAUGAAUACAAAAAUGUAUGAACAUCCAAUAACUGAGGAACAUUUACUAAAAUUAAAAUCAUGGGGUUAUAAGGAAAUAGCUGCAAUUGAAAAGACUUUAAUGUGUGGUGAUACUGGUAUUGGUGCGAUGGCUGAGACUUCUACUAUUGUUGCAUUUGUACAAAAAUAUACAUGUUGAGUUUA